AUGCCGUAUAUUUAAUUUCAUUAUUUUAAUCCUAUAAGUCUGUGGAGGAGAAUGAACCAGUUGGAUUUCGCAAGCCUUGCUUGGGCGGAACACAUUUGCAGCAUGACCAUCGAAGAGUCAGGUACCUGGGAAACUUUUGCAAAGCUGGAAAAUAUGGAGAAGAACCGGAACAGCUUAGUCCCAUGUUGGGAUCAUACUAGAGUUAAGUUGACUACGAGUGAAUCCGCAUCAGACUACAUCCAUGCCAAUUACGUGAAUGGUUUUGAGGAGAAGAAGAAGUUCAUCUGCACCCAAGCACCGAAAAUCAACACUUUGGUCGACUUCUACCAGAUGAUCUGGAGUGAAAACAGUUGCAUUAUCAUCAUGCUAGUGAAUGUGACACCCAGUUGCUUUCAGUAUUGGCCUUCCAACGAAGAUGAAACUGUGCAAGUCGGUCAGUUCACAAUAACGAGAACCAACAUAGAAAUGUUUUUCAACUACAUUGCAACAGACUUAUCUAUAAGUGAUCCAUCUGGAGAAUCACGUAGAAUCCGCCACUUUCUAUAUACUGGCUGGACAGAAGAUGACGUUCCUGAUGACGUAGCUGAAUUUUAUCAGUUUGUGCAAAGAACCAAUCAAGCCCGCACAGCAGCAGUACGAUCAACAUUGAAGCUAAAUAAAAAUCGCCCUGGGCCCAUCAUUGUACACUGUGACACGGGGAUUGGCCGAACUGGGACCUUUUGCACGGUAGACAUCGCGCUCUUUAGGAUGAUGAAGACCGCAACAAUCUCUAUUCCGGAAAUUGUUACUCUCAUCCGACAACAAAGACAUUCUAGUGUGAUAACUUUUGAACAAUAUUUUUUCUGCUAUCGUAUAUUGAUGCAUUUUUUGUCACAUAUACUUCAGAAAUUGACUUGCACGAGACAUGGAAUAACUAGAUGUAUAGAUAAGAUCGCUUCAAAGUAA